ACACUCCCCCACCAACAGAAGAGUGAACGAAACCACACUCGCGUUGGCCCUAUAUUCAUCUUGGAACGCCGCCAGCUCCUCAGUGGAUAGGGUCACGAGCUCCUCGGCGGGUAAACCCACUACCAGAUCUGGGAGUUCCUUAAGAUACCCCAAACCGGUGUGUACCAACGCGCUCGCUACAGUCCAGGCCCCCAUCGAAGACCCGAAGGUCUCAACCACAUCCACCGGCUUACC